AUGCUUCUGCAACCUAGUUCUACGAUCAGCACAGAACACCAACAGCAGCAGCACCACCAGUACCAGCAACAUGCACCAAACCUGCUUUCGGCUCAGCAACCCUCGUCACUGACCUCCUCUUCCAGUGCCUCAUCAACACCACCGAUUCAGGACGUUAGUCGUUAUCUAGAGACGCUUCAGGAACAGCUGAAGGAAGGUUGGACGGCUCAUACGGCUAAGGAUGGCCGUCUUUACUACUGCAAUCACAUUACGCGGACGGCUGGAUGGUUACCACCGAUCGAGAACUGGGUGCAGACAAAUGAUUUACCGUACGGUUGGGAAAAAGCGGUCGACCAAAAAGGACAACCGUACUACAUAAACCACCUAAACAAAACUACCACCUACGAGGAACCGAUCAGGCAUCAUGGCAAUGAUGCUCCACCCGAGCCACGCGUGGUCGUGCUGCAACGCAGUCCCACGCUCGGCUUCGGGUUCGUUGCUGGGAGCGAAAAGCCUGUGAUCGUUCGUUUUGUUACGGAAGGCGGGCCUAGUGUAAAUAAGCUGGAACCAGGUGACCAAAUAUUAGCUGUAAACGGUGAGGACGUCAAAGACGCACCCCGGGACCAUGUGAUACAAUUAGUUAGAAAUUGUGAAUCCUCCGUCACGCUGCUUGUGUGCCAGCCGCAGCUCUAUAAUGCGGUCGGUCGAAAAUCAACACUGCUAUCGGCGGGCAAGAAGGCAAAGCUGAAAUCACGCCCCAUCCGCGUCCGGUUCGCCGAGAGUGUCUGCGUAAACGGGGCGCCAUUAUUUCCGCCAUCUGCCUUUUCCCUCGGCGAUCUGUGCGUGCCACCGAUGGCAAACGUGCUGAAAGUGUUCCUCGAGAAUGGUCAAACCAAAUCGUUCAAAUACGAUUCAACUACCACUGUACAGAAUGUUGUUACUUCGUUACGCGAUAAGUUAUGCCUAACCGCCGGUGAGCAUUUCAGUCUCGUGGUGGAACACGUGAAAAGUCUGAAGCGGAACAAGCUUACGCUGCUGGAUCCGCAAGAAACGGUGGCCCGGAUAGCGGCAAGGCCGGGCGCUCACAAACUCCGUUGCCUGUUUCGGGUAACGUUUGUGCCCGUGUCAGCCGCUGCCCUCGCUCAAAAGGACCUCAACGCGUUGGACUAUCUGUUUUUGCAGUGCUGCAAUGAUGUCACGCAGGAACGCUUUGCUCCAGAGCUACAACCAGAGGUGGCCCUACGGCUGGCCGCCCUGCACAUGCAUCAGCACGCGUUAGCAAACAACAUUUCACCCACAAAAUUAACUGUAAAAACUGUUGAACGAGAGUUUGGACUGGAUCGCUUUGUGCCUGCUUCACUAAUCGAAGGAAUGAAACGGAAGGAGCUGCGACGGCUAUUAGGCCACUUUCUGAAGCUUAAUUCACAGAUGACCGGCUCGUCGACCAAAACACUCACUCAGCUGCAGGCUAAAAUUCACUACCUAGACAUCAUAUCGGGACUACCCAGCUAUGGGGCCAAGUGUUUCAGUACCAAUCAACGAGACGGUGUCGAACGGGUACUGCUCGUUAGUCCACGGUUCGGAUUAAGUCAAAUAGCAGGUGUACGCAACACGGUGCCUCAACCGAUCUGUAAUCUCGAGGAACUUAUCCGUGUGGUUGUAACGCGCGAUGAUGACGUGUCCAACACAGUAACCGUCUUUAUAAGUCCUGAUCGAGUAAUAAAUUUCUCGAUGGAAGAUCGUGAUGCGUCCGAGUUUGCAAUCGUACUGGCGGGCUACUAUCGACUUAUGGCCGGCAAAGAGCUUCCAUUGGAGCAAGAGCGUGAAACACAAAUUGAGGAUAUUGCGCCUCCGUAUCUCUCACAGCACACGGUUGUCAGCAAUGGCUGGAGCUACUUACCCUCCGAGAAGCCUACACACAGCAUAGCAUUCCUGAUGCCACCACCGUACCAUUCUACCGGUUUUCGUAGCGCUACCGGAUCGAUUAGUUCCUCUAGCCGCUCGGACGAGUGUGACCGCAAUGCAAACAGUGCGCGAAUCUCAAAUAAAAAUACUCGACCCAGUCUACAAGAUUAUGAUUUCGAGCCGAACGGUAAGGAUAUGCGCAUUACAAAGGAUGGAUCGCUCAGUGGAAAAAUCGGGGGCGUCCCGAUGGCUGUGUCUGAGGCACGCAACGAAGAGGUACUUCGCCGUGUUGCAGAAAUGCAAAAGAUGGUCGAAAACUCAGAACGCUACCUAAACGAACACGGUGACUACGGGCACGAGUUCGAUGUAAAACCGGGAGGCAAACUGAACUUCUGGCGUGAAACUUCAGUUGAUGUAGACGACAGUGAUUGUGAAAGUCUGAACAGCAGCAAACAAAGCUCGAACGAGGAUGGUCCCGGUGUACUGAAGCACAGCGACUCUUUGACACUGUUGACCGAAACGAUAAACCAAGGUUUGGACGGUAUUGCGAAAGGGCUUAGCUCGAUCUAUACUGCGCCGUUCAGUGAGUUGAAUGGUAAACUCGAGACUAUGACCGGUUCGGCACAAAACACACCAAAAACCCAGAGAAAAUUGUCCGGACUUAGUCAGAUACUAAGCGAUCUGCAAGCGCUGGGCAACGAUCUAUCUCAGAGUGAAAGUGACUCCGAAUCUCUUUACACACCGAACAGUUCCCCCAUACAUAAGACGACACAAAGCUCCAAUCCAUUACAGCAACAAAAUCCACAGCAACAGGUGCUACAAUUGAACCAGCACGGAACCGCAAAUAGUGCCUCCAAUCUGCGGAACAAAUCUAUUCGCACCAGCUUUGGAUUGCACAGUCCGGACAGUGGAAACGAAGGACGUGACAUGAGCUUGAAGGAUUAUCUUCGCCAACUCAAAGAAGCUAGUACGGCGAGUGAGCUUGGUACAGAUGGUACGGACUUGGCCGCGAAGAAGUUAGCCGACCUAUAUGGUUACGAGCUGCUUGGCGAUGAUUCUAUUAUUGAAACGGAUCCUGAUAUUAUCGAUCUAAGAUCGAUCCCUCCUCCACAGACCCCAGACGAACUGGAUAAUCUAAAUGUGCUGAGCGUUCCUCCUAGCGGUUUUGAUGAUGGUACAGGAGUGAGUAAAGACACCGGAUCGAGCAGCUCCAGAACCGGAACGAGCUCUUCAAACAAUACCACUGCUUCUUCCAAUCUGGUUGCUGGUGAUUUCGAAGAGUUUCUCAAACAGGUAACAAUAGAGCCCCCAACUCAGAAGAUUACUCCGGCCGUCGAACUGACACCAGAGGAAAUCCUUUCAUACAUUAUCCCUCCACCGCCCGGACUGAGUGAUCGAAACGAAACGACCGGACCUGAUUCCCAGAAUCCCUUAUAUGUACGACUUCCCGUUCAAAACCAUACCAUCCCCAAACCGAGCGCAACUGUCAGCACGAACAAUAAUAUUAAUACUUUGAAGAAUCUUAACUACGAUACUGAUGGGCCAAUCCCAAGACCCCGUGCGGCUACCACUAAUGGAACAUCGAUACCAUCUACUGUGGCCAAUGGAGCCAUUGCCAGUGCGCUAUUGGCAAAGUAUGCGUACGAUCCAACGCGAUUUGAAGUGUACUAUCCACCGAAGGAAAAUAAUACCUCCGGAACGACUGAAUAUGAUCUCUACAGCAAUAGCGCGGCAGCUGUUGACGUUUCAGUGCCGGUCAAUGAAAAGAAAACGAAUGGAACACAUGAGACCAAGAGCACAAUAAAUGGUGUUGCUAGUAGUGUCUCGAAUGGUCAUGUCAUAGAGUACCCUACCGUAGACCGGAAAGGUCCGUUCUCUUGUUGUGCUAAGUCUAAAUCGAAGGAUAAACAAAAUGGAGACACGGAACAUGAACAUAGGCAACCGCAGUCACAACAAUCACGAGGUUCCUCAGACAUCCCAUUGGCGCUUCCUCCGAAACCCUGCCUUCAUACGGCUACUAUCAACCAACCGAGUCCUCCACAGCGACCUCCAAAGAGCGCAGAGUUGCAACUUCGUCUGGGUUCGCCCAUUCGCUCGCCACCAUCGUCCGGCGGUGGAAUGUAUGGGGCUCGGGCGAACGGUAACUACUACGAGCUCGGUCCCAGUGAUCCUCCUUCAUUGCCACCUCGUUUCGAACAGUCUCCACCCCCGGUACCGAUACUGGCUACGUUGCCACCGAAGAAACCGCCACUACCUCCGGUACCUAUAAAGCCCUGUAUCCUGCGCAGCCCAGUUCCAAUACUGAAGAACACGCAUGUGGCUACCUUCAACCAUCUGCACCAGUUACAUCAUCAUCACCAAUCACCCCCGAUACCACCUUUACCGCACCACCUACAGCACCAUCAUCCAUCGGGUGGCGUCGGUGUUGUAUCCUUGUCCGCUAACUCCUCUCCCGUUCGGACAGCCGGUAUAGGGUCACCACAUCUUCACCGCAAUCCGAAUUGUUACAGGGAGAUCGACCGGGCAUUCAACCACCAGUGUACGGACGAGCAGCUGUCUGUGCCGGAGAAGACGAACCUAUCCACCCCGAACACAGUCGGCCAUCAACGUUCGCACAGCGACUGCCCACCGGUUUGUCUAAAGAAUCCUCCGGCGGACAGUAGGGCACAGUUAACACUCCUUUGCUCACCCCAACUGUCACGCAAAACUUCUCUACCAACAGCAGUUUCCCCGGCACUUGUCGGUACGUUCUCCAACAACGUUGCCCACGCUACCUUCAGUAACCCGGGUAGCCCUAUACUGUCCAAUAAAAAUGGGCACGUAUUAAACGUUGAUACACUAAUGGCCAAGACGGACGUGGCGAUGGCCGGAUUGCUGGUGAAGCUGGACCAGGUGGCAGCUGCCUGCUCUGCUGCACAAACAGCCGGCGGAGGCACUGCGAUUGACGAGGAUCGCUUCCAGCAGGCACGGGACGAACUGACCGAACAGGCGCUACAGCUAGUCACCGCAUCAAAGCAUCUGGUCGUGUCGAUGUCUGAUGCCAAUCUUACCCACCUGCCCGAACAUUUAACUGCUUGUCUGUCAGCUCUCAGGCGUAUCACAGAGCUAGCGCAAGAUUUGACGCGCACCACCUCAGCACCACUUCAAACCCGCAACAUCGUGCUUAAAAUACAUGACGUCGCAUCGAGCUUCCGGGAACUAGCAUGUGUUAAGGUGGGACCGAGCGGCGCUGGUCAGCUUGCAUUGAACGCGGAAUGUUUGGCAAAUGUGCUCGCAACGUUGCUCCGAAGUUUACGUGUGUUUUCUCCCUAG